CGGCUGACCACGUCGCAUGGACUGCAAAUUCACUUCGAAAUCGGAUUCAGCUGAUCUGCAAAACGAAAUGUACGGAACUUGGAGUGCUGUGAAUGAACUCAUGAAUGUCGUAUGGUGAUUGACUGACGACCAUAUAUUUUCCACGACGUCUUAUCCUCUAUCUCGAUCAGGAAAUCGAUCAAAUUCACUUGGCCGGAGAACGUAGGAGCCCUUCGUAAUUUUACGUCAGACAGUCAAUCGUGAAGCUAGCAUCUGCGUGUCCAUAAGUGCUGCUGAAUCACCCGAGAAAUUUAUCACCAUAAAAUAAAAUAAUAUAAUGUUGUACAAAAUAAUGUUUAUGUAAUAAUAAUAUCAGGUGAAGUGAAAGGAAAACGUACGACCUUGGCAAACAACACAAAAUAUCCAGAAUGUGAAUAAUGCAGAUAUUCUAUUCCAUAUCAUCAAAUAUGACAUUACAGGUAACGAGAAAAUCAUAGUCUUCUAUAGUCGAGCAGUAUCAAAUCAACGAACUUCGAUCGUAGGAGUCCCGUAGCAAUCGUGGAUUCAGGAUGACGACUGAUAUCACAUCGAUGGUGGUGGACUAUCUAGUGUUCAUCGGGUUCAUCGUGAUUUCCUUCCUGAUACCGUUAUGGGGAAACUUCAAAACGAAGAAAAAAGAAACAAAGGCGAAUUACGUGUUUGCCACCGGCAGCGUGUCGAUGGGUGCGAUGAUGUUAUCAAUCGCUCGUGGAACCCUUGGUGUCAGGUCCUUUUUGGGUUAUCCAUCGGAACUGUAUUAUCGAGGUAGUGCCAUGUGGGAGACUCUAUACGGGAUGCUGUUGGCAUAUCCCAUCGUCUGUUUCGUCUUCGUACCUGUUUACUACAGCCUCGGUAUUACGUCAGUCUACCAAUAUUUGGAUAUGAGGUUUAAGUCAAAACUAGUCAGAUGUCUGGCGAGUUUCUCUUACGUCGUACGGAGUCUGCUAAACUUAGGAGUCACAGUAUUCACUCCUUGCGUCGCGUUGAAAGCAGUAAUAGGACUUCCGUACUGGGCUAGUAUCAUAGGAAUAACGGCUAUUUCUGUGGUUUUCACGAUCAUAGGAGGUUUAAAAGCCGCUAUUCUGUCGGAUGUUAUACAAGGCUUAGCAAUGAUUGGUGUAUCUGUGAUAAUCAUUAUACAGGGAACUGUUAAUGUUGGUGGACCAGUUAACGUCUUCAAUGUAACUCAGGAACGUGGUCGACUGGAUUUUUUCAAUUUUGAUAUGGAUCCACAUCUUCGAGUAACGACGACAUCGGCGACAAUAGGACAGCUCUUCAUGAGUUUAUCCAUUUUCGGAUGUCAGCAGAAUUUUGUCCAGAGAUAUUGCAGUAUGUCCAGUCAUAGGAAGGUUGUCAAAACGAUGAUGGCCAAUGUACCCAUAAUCACAAUCUUGUUCUCGUUAUCUUGGAUCGUUGGAAUGGUGAUUUUUGCUAAUUACGCCAACUGUGAUCCACUUAGUUUGGGAUAUAUUUCGAAGAUUGACGAGAUUGUACCGUUCUAUGUCGAAGAUAAAUUCUCAAAAGUACCCGGAAUGCUUGGUCUAGUCAUGGCAACUCUUUUCAAUAGCGCUUUGACUUUAGCGGUAUCUAAUCUCAAUUCUCUUGCGACGGUGACUUUCGAAGAUUUCCUGAGUCACAUACCUGCAUUGAGUGAUAUGAAAGACACACAGCAGCUUCACGCGAUCAAAAUAAUCGGUGUUAUUUAUGGUUUAAUAAUAAUCGGCAUUAGUUUCUUAGUAGCUAUGUUAUCUGGCGUAAUAGAAUCUUCUAUGCUAAUGACGUCAGCAACAUCCGGACCUCUUCUUGGUGUAUUUCUCCUCGCUAUGUUGAUACCUUGUGCUAAUUGGAAAGGUGCCGCCGCUGGUAUGAUUUUUAGUCAUGUAACAACGAUGUGGAUCACUUAUGGUCACCUCAAACAGGGUAACGUGCCUGAGAUGCUACCUCUAUCGACAGAGAAUUGCGACAAUGAAACGUUUUCCUCAUGGGUCAUCAGACCAAUUAGUCUAGAGUAUUAUGCAUCAAACUUCACUAACUGGACAACAAUUCAGGAAAACAUUACGCCAUCAUCUGUCGACGUAAUCAAUGAAUCAUCUAAUCCUUUAAAUGUUCUUUAUGGAAUCACCUACAUGUAUUACGCUCUUAUCGGUAGCAUAACGACCGUCGGCGUUGGUAUCAUUGUGAGUUUAAUUACUGCCGAUGCCGAAGCUGACAAAUACGAAGAGCACUUGCUGCAUCCUACAGCACGAAAAAUAGCAGGAUUAUUUCCUGGAAAACGGAGGCUCUACAUCAGCAAUAUUCAUCUUGGGAAUAAAAACGAUACAGACGUCACGAAUGCCACUCUCCAAGGAUGCAUCGAUGAUAAAGGAAAGUUACAUCUAGAUAAUAAUUAUGUGGAAAAAUUGAACGUGCUAAAGAACGCUUCUCUGGAUGUAACCAAUGAAAUUGGCAAGCAUACUAGAUUAUAAAUACUGCAAUGCAAAUUUGCAAAUGUUCUGCAUGCAUUGUUCGCAGUAUCACUAUUGACCAAAUUAUUGAAUAAAAAAUUUCAACAUUUGCGAGAAUUAUAACUAUAAUAAGUGAACAGUUGUGUAUAUGUUAGUGCCAGAUUUUAUUAUCCAAAUAUGAUACACGUGGGUUUGUGACCUGUGCGCGUGAAACGUAAUUACGCGUAUGCAAAGUUUCCCUCGAAUUACAGUGCUCGAGCUCUCAUAUUCAGCUCAAAAUAUUGCUCAAAUGGAAGCAAUUCAGAGAUGCAAUUCAUGAAAACUUUUAACUUGCGUGUGCCAAUUAAAGUUAACUACAAGACACGUAUAAGCUGCAUUUAGACAUGAACACGAUUUACUAGAGAAAAUUAUCAAGUACACAUGCUUUUGCUGACUGAGUUCAUGUCACUGCUCGCAAUGAAUGAUUUCUGUAUCUAAGCGAAGGAGCAUAGAAGUGAAAAUCAGUAUAAUUACUAUUAGCAACUGAAUACAUAAUUAUGUAACUUGAUUAUAGUGAAAAAUUAAUAAUCAAAUAAUUAUCAACCGAUAAUGUAAUUUUUUUGCUUUUCUUAUUACACAUUAUUUCGAUUGUGUACUUGAAAUAUGUAUUCAAAAGUAUUCUCACUACGCUUCUUCUUUAACUAUAUUCAAU